AUGAAAGCUAGUAUCUAUGAUAUUCGAUUUAAUCUGGGAACAAAAACAAAAAUAAUUGGUUAUGAUUUGGGUGGAAUUACAGAAAAUAAAGAAAUGAUGAACGAAUUAGAAAAAGUUUGUAAUUUUGAAUGGCGAAAAUUCAAUUUUUCUGUUCUUCCUGAAACUGUAAGAAAACCAACAGUUUUUGCAUGGAAAAUUGUAAUCAUUGCGGAAAUUUUAAAUGAGUAUCCAACAAUGAUAUAUGCCGAUGCUGGUGUGCGAUUUUAUUAUGAUGGGUUUAAUAAUUAUUUUGAUAGAAUUGAGGAUGGAACAAUUAGUGGAUUACAAAUGCCUAGUGAUUCUGGGCAUAGUAUUGCCUUUGCUACACAUCCAGAUUUUUACAAAUAUAUUCCACAUUAUUGGGAGGAAAUGUCUGAAAAGUCGUGGAAGGAAAUGCAUGAAGCAAAUUUUAUGAUUAUUCAUAGAAAUGAAUAUACAAGAAAAUUAUUAAAAUGGGCAAUAUUGUGUGCAUAUACAUUAGAAUGUAUAGACCCUCCAGGUUCUAGAAUAGUUUGUGAACAUCCUUAUGUAGGCAUUGCAAAAUGUCAUAGACAAGAUCAAAGUAUUAUAAAUAUUUUAACAAAUAAUUUGGAAAAAGAAAUUUUGCUGGAAGAAAAUGAAAGAAAGUUUUAUUCCCAUUAUGAUGAUCAAAAUCCGAGAAUAUAUCCAAAUGGGUUUUUUAAUAUAAUGAGAAGGUUGCCCCUUAGAAGAGAUUUUAAUUUUGAAAAAGCUGUAAAAUGUAAUUAAAGAAUAGUCGGAUCUAAAUAUAUAAAGGUACACACUUGAGAUUAGGAAAUUGUAUCCUUUAAUGAGGUUAUUAAUUCUAGAGUAAUUUAUUUUAUUAU